UCGCGCGUGUUGUUAGCAUCAGUGCUGUGUCCGCAGUUAAGAAAACGGGCGAGAUGAACGUCCACGGACUACGCUUCGUGGCGUCCAUCCUAACGAUAUCUGCAUGCGCUGCAGGGUUUUGGGGUGAUUCGGAAAAUAGACCACGAUUUUAUUCUUCGAAUUCGCAAAUUGGUGAGAGUAGAGAGUUUUCUGGAUCAGGAUCAUCAUACGCUGGAAGUCCUUAUGCGUCGCAAAGACCUUCGGGUAGCAGUUAUGAUAUUUUUGCCGCACCGAGUAGUUCUUUAGGUCCGAAAAAUGGAAGUGAACGAUGCAUACCCAAGUGUUUUGCGGAAAAAGGAGCAAGGGGUUUUCCGGGAUUGCAAGGUAUCCCAGGAGAGAAAGGUUUACGGGGUUUCCCUGGUCCAGAAGGUAUAAUGGGACCGAAAGGAGAUAAAGGAGACUCAGGAUUAUUUGGUCCGCGUGGUCCAAAGGGAGAACGCGGAAGAAUUGGAGUGCCCGGUUUCCCUGGAAUUAAUGGUAUUCCGGGUAUGCAAGGUCCUUCGGGUCCACAGGGAAUGCAUGGAUUGGAUGGUUGCAAUGGAACUGACGGUUCACCUGGAUUCCCUGGUCAAGAUGGACAACCUGGUCCCAGAGGUUUUCGUGGGUCUCCUGGUAAUAAGGGAGACAAAGGAGAAUCUGCACAUUGCGAAAUCAAUUUGAAAGGUCAGAAAGGAGAACCAGGUCUGCAUGGAGUAGAUGGUAUUAGGGGGCCACCAGGUCCAAUCGGUCCAAUUGGACCACAUGGACCUAAGGGAGAAGAAGGACAACCUGGAUUGCCAGGACCAAUGGGUACUAAAGGUGAAAAAGGAUUUCCUGGCAUUUCGUUUGAAGGAAAGAAAGGCGACAAAGGCGACAAAGGACGACAAGGCCCUAAAGGAGAUAAUCUUGCACCUUUAGUUCACAAAGGUCAUGCGAUUGGUCCAAAAGGAAGUCAGGGUGAACCAGGUGAUCAAGGUUUUGAUGGUAUGCAGGGCGAAAAGGGAGAUCGCGGAUAUGAAGGUAUCAAGGGAGAAAUUGGUGUGGAUGGAAUGAAGGGAGAGAAAGGUUUACCAGGAGCACCAGGACCUAGAGGUCGAGAUGGUCUAGCUGGUCCAUCAGGACCGAUUGGUCAAAAAGGUGAUAGAGGAUAUGAUGGUUUACCUGGUUUGUCUGGAAGGGAUGGUCAAAAAGGUGAACCUGGAUUAGAUGGACCAACAGGACCAUUUGGUCUAAGAGGACCGCCUGGACCACCUGGAGGUGGUAUGGGUCGCCCAGGGGCUCCAGGUCCUAAGGGUCCUCGUGGUUAUCCUGGUCCUAUGGGACCUAAGGGUAUGGACGGUUUUAAUGGAACACCUGGAGCUAGAGGACCUGUGGGUCAACCAGGAGGACUAGGAAUUCCUGGAAUUUCAGGUCAAGAAGGAGCUCCGGGAGAUAAGGGAAUUAAGGGAGACCCUGGAAAUAUGGGUUUACCUGGUAUUAAAGGUGCUAUAGGUUAUAAUGGUGCACCGGGUGUUCAAGGAGAUAGAGGAGAAAAGGGAGAUAAAGGAUUAUCGAUUAUGGGUGUGAGAGGAAAUGACGGUUUACCCGGAAGAGAAGGUGACAAGGGUCUGAAAGGAGAACGAGGAUAUCCAGGUUUAAGAGGAAUGCCCGGUGAUAGUUUAGAAGGUAUCCCCGGUAAACCAGGUCCACAAGGAUUUCCAGGUGACAAAGGCAACUCUGGUAGACCUGGCACUCCAGGAGCUCCUGGAGUACCUGGUGAAAAGGGUGAUAUUGGCGGUAGAUGCAUAGAUUGUUUACCUGGUAUGAAAGGUAAUAAAGGUGAAAGAGGAAUUGAUGGUUUACCUGGCGUACAUGGACUGCGAGGUCCCACGGGCAUUAUUGGAGAGCGCGGUGAACAAGGAGCUGAUGGAAUGCCUGGACCAAGUGGUCCUCGGGGUAGUCCGGGAGUUGAUGGAAUACCUGGUCCGCCAGGACCUGAAGGUCAACAAGGAUCAGCUUGUGUUAUACCAGAGAAUCAAAUAGAAGCAAUUAAAGGAGAAAAGGGUAUUUCUGGAAGAAUUGGACCUAAGGGAGAAAUAGGACCUGCAGGUCCAAUCGGCGCUUCAGGAGUGCCUGGAUUCCCAGGUCCAAAAGGUGACAAAGGUUAUCCAGGUUAUGCGGGUAACGACGGCAGGGAUGGAAAUCCGGGUUUAAUGGGACAGAAAGGUGAAAAAGGAGAAAGUGUAAAAGGCGAAGCUGGUAUCCCAGGACUACAUGGGUUUAAAGGAGAUAAGGGCGAAUCAGGUCCUUUCGGUAGAAAAGGUGAAUCAGGCAAAUGUCCGAAGCUUACCGAUUCCUACAAAGGUGAUAGAGGUCCACCAGGUUUAAAAGGUGAACCUGGACCACCUGGACUAAACGGUUUAAACGGUGAAAAAGGAGACCACGGAUUAACUGGAGAUAGAGGAUUACAUGGUGCACCAGGUCAACCGGGACCAGUUGGACCUAGAGGUCUUCCAGGACCAAGAGGCGAUAAAGGUGAACGUGGUACUAUGGGUUUCCCUGGUGAAGAUGGAAAAGAUGGCAUGCGUGGUUUCCCCGGCAGACCGUCUGCUAAAGGUGACAAAGGAGAACCUGGUAUUCCAACAGUUGGGCCACCGGGUCCUCCUGGACCUCAAGGAUUCCAAGGAGAAAAAGGUCUAUUAGGACCUCCUGGCAAGAGAGGAGCAAACGGAUUACCUGGUGUAGAUGGUCCAAAGGGAGAACAAGGAGAAAUUGGUAUGGACGGUUUUCCUGGCAAUACAGGAUUACCAGGUCAAAAGGGUGACAGUGGGCCGAUUGGAAACAAAGGCGAACGAGGAGUACCAGGUCAAGAUGGAUUAGAUGGACCAAAAGGUGAAGUAGGAUUUAGGGGUGAACCAGGUCGUCCGGGCAUACAAGGUAUGCCGGGUACAAAAGGAGAUCAAGGAAUUACAGGGAUGCAAGGAUCUAAAGGAUUCCCGGGACCUAGAGGUGAUCAUGGUACACCUGGUCCACCUGGAAUGGAUGGCAGACCAGGUCAGAAUGGAGACAAAGGUGAAAGAGGAUUCCCAGGACCGCAAGGGGGACCUGGUCCACGAGGUUUUGUUGGCGAACCUGGUCCUGCUGGUCCAAAAGGAAACAUAGGAAUACAGGGCGAACCAGGAGUUCCUGGAUUUGAUGGAAAUCCCGGAGAUAAAGGUGAACGUGGUUUCAAUGGUGAUGAAGGACAAAAGGGAGAACCAGGUGCUGCAUCGCAGAAAGGCGACAAGGGAUCUCCUGGAUUGCGAGGUGUUCGUGGACCAGAUGGUAAACCAGGAACCAAUGGUAUACCUGGAAUUAAAGGAGAACAAGGAAGUCCCGGAAUUGGUGUCCCGGGUCCAAUAGGUCAAAAGGGUGAUAUCGGUCCAGUUGGAUUUGAAGGAAUCCCAGGAAGGGAUGGUCAAAAGGGUGAAAUUGGACUGCAAGGUUUCCCCGGACAAAUGGGUCAACGUGGAUUGCCUGGAAUGCAAGGAAUGCCUGGCAUGGACGGAAGGGAUGGUAUGCCUGGUAUUAAGGGAGUUACUGGUUUCCCUGGAUUGAGAGGCGAUGAUGGUAUUAAGGGUGAUAAAGGAUCUCCCGGUCGGGAUGGUUUUGAUGGAUUAAAAGGCGAAAGGGGUCCCGUUGGACCUAUGGGUCCUGUGGGUGUACCCGGUGCAAAGGGCUUGUUGGGUGAACGUGGGCCACCAGGACCAAUUUUCUCUCAAAAGGGUCAGAAAGGAGAACUUGGAAAUCCUGGGUAUAUGGGAAGAAAUGGCCAAAAAGGAGAACCCGGAUUUAUUGGUCUAAGAGGAGAUACAGGAGAAAAGGGCGAAAUAGGUUACACGGGCGUGAAAGGUAUGAUAGGAAUGCCUGGAGUACCUGGAGAUAAAGGUGAUCGGGGUUUACCAGGUUCAGUUGGUGUUCCUGGUCUUUCUGUAAAGGGUGAAAAAGGUUUACCAGGACUUCCUGGAAAGGACGGAAGGCAAGGUAUGCCUGGUAGACAAGGAGAAAAGGGCGACAAAGGCUUAAUUGGUUUGCCUGGUCUAAGUGGAAGACCUGGAAUUCCUGGAUAUGGUAUUCCGGGUGAAAGAGGAGAACCAGGUAUUACUGGUCCAAUAGGCUUUAAAGGUGACAGAGGUCCUGUUGGUCAACCUGGUAUAAUGGGAAUUGAAGGAGGAAGAGGAGACAAAGGUGAAAGAGGUUAUCCAGGACUAAACGGGGCUCAAGGACAGAAGGGAGAUAAAGGUGAACGUGGAAACGUUGGUCGAGAUGGUAUUGAAGGAAUAAAGGGAGAAAGAGGUCAACCUGGUCCAAUUGGACCUGCGGGUCUAAUGGGUCCUCCAGGAGAUAAAGGAUAUCAAGGUCCGCCUGGUUUAAUUGGUAUUCAAGGAUUAAUUGGCGAGAAAGGAAGUAAAGGUGAAGCAGCAUUGCCUGGAAUUCCAGGCCAGCAGGGAGAAAAAGGUGAACCAGGUGAAAGAGGAUUAAGUGGUCCUCCUGGUCCAUCUGGUAAAGAUGGUAAUCCUGGCCCGCAAGGAUUAAUGGGCGAUAGAGGGUUCACUGGUAGAGACGGUAGGAAUGGAAGUCCAGGUUUACCCGGACAAAAAGGCGACAAAGGCUUAGAUGGUCAUGUUGGAUUACAAGGAGCACCUGGUUUUCCUGGUACCACAGGUCCCCCAGGUCUUCCUUGUGAACAUACACCAGACUACUUAACAGGAACACUGAUAGUAAGACAUUCACAAAGUUCAUCGGUUCCCCGUUGCGAAGCAGGUCACACAUUAUUGUGGGAAGGUUACUCACUCCUAUACAUCGAAGGCAAUGAAAAAGCGCACAGUCAAGACUUGGGUUAUGCAGGAUCAUGCGUCCGUAAAUUCUCAACAAUGCCAUUCUUAUCCUGCGAUUUUAACAAUGUGUGUCAUUACGCUAGUAGGAAUGACAGAACAUAUUGGCUAUCCACACUUGCUUCAAUUCCAAUGAUGCCAGUCGAAGAACAGGACAUUCAAAAUUACAUUUCGCGCUGUGCCGUCUGCGAAGCACCAGCUAAUACGAUUGCAGUUCACAGUCAAUCCUUAUCGUAUCCAAACUGUCCACAAGGAUGGAGCUCACUUUGGAUCGGUUACAGUUUUAUUAUGCAUACUGCUGCUGGUGGUGAGGGUGGUGGACAAUCUCUAUCGAGUCCUGGUUCUUGCUUGGAAGACUUCCGUGCAUCUCCAUUCAUCGAAUGCAACGGUGCCAGAGGAACUUGUCAUUACUUUGCCAAUAAACUUAGUUUUUGGUUGGCUACUAUUGAAGAAAAUGAACAAUUCAAGGCCCCAUCGAAAGAAACUUUAAAAGCUGGUAAUGUUAGGAACAGAGUAAGCAGAUGCAAAGUAUGCAUCAAAAACACGUAAUAACAAUUAUAAAUCUACCUAAAUUAUACGAAUAUUACAGUAACGUGUGUAAUGUAAAUAAUAUUGUAAUAAAUUUUCAUUUUCUA